CUCCAAAUUAUCCCUAGGAGUAAAACCUUGUUUGCCAUUUCCCCUCUGAGUAAUGAAUAUAUAGGUACGAUCUCUUCUUUCCGGUAGUGUUCGCACAGUACGGUGGAAUGCAUGGCCCCAACAAAAGCUUAAAGGAUGGAUAUCUUUUAAGAUGAAGAAAGUAAAAGAGUAUCAACCUUUCUCUGAAAUCCCUUCUGUCAUAUUAUGGGAAAUUCUGGGCCGAGUUCCGAUUAAGACGUGUUUAACUUGUAAGCUUGUUUGCAAAGAAUGGUACGAUAUUGUUGUCGGUCCAGAAUUCUCUUCUUUCCGCCGCCACUGUAACGCCUCCCGAUUCACCUUGUUGUUUUAUAACGCCUGGACCGGUGGUGGGGGGAUCGUUUUCCACUUGGUUGAGCUUGAAAAGGCCUUGAAUGUUGAUGAUUCGGGCAAUUUUAUUGUGGGUGGUGAUGAUCUGAUUAAAAUUCGGCCGAAAUUUGACACACCCAGUCAAAAAUUUUAUGUCUUGUCUCGGUGCAAUGGAGCUGUUUGUUUUGGAAGUAUAAGGGAUGAAUACUUUGUAUGCAAUUUGCUCUCUGGCCAGUGCGUGAAUGUCCAAAAUCUGCAUGAGUUGAAGCAGCAUCGUUCUUAUCAUAGUAUGGGUUGUGAACUCGGGUGUUGCCCGGUGACAGGCCGAUUCAAGGUUCUCAUGUUUAUUUGUGACCUGCUGGGUAAGAUCGAGCUCACGAUGAUACAGACGUUGGGUAAUGGUGAAUGGAAGAGCGUGGGCAAUGCACCUUUGAAGAACUUGAGAGACGGAUGUUUUCUGAAUGGGUCUAGUCACUGGUGUGGUCGCGCCUACAUAUGGUCCUUUCAUUUUGGGGAGGAGAAGUUUUUGCGAAUCCCAAUACCUAAUGACAUCGUCACGACAGCUUAUGAUAAGCGGAAGAAAAAAGUGAUUGUUCUAGACUCUUGCCUAUGUUUGGGAUGUUUCUCCCAACGGAAUGGUAGUGUUACGAUGGAUGUAUGGAUAAUGAAGGAGUAUGGCGUGAAAGAAUCUUGGGUGAAGCAAUUUGUUAUAGUGACUAAUGAAUUGUGUGUGCCGAUAGUGCAAUUGGAUAAGGGAAAGAUACUUUUAAUGAAUGGAUUCAUAUUGUAUUUGUAUGAUACACAAACCCGGGUUUCUGAGGUAGGGAAAUUUGAGUUCAAUGAGUUUUCUUAUGCCAUGAUGCCUUUGGCUGGAUUUGAUGCAAGUUUCUUAAGGUUAUAAGAUUCAGGUGCCUGCAUGAAGAUGUUCCUGCUGAAACAGAAAAUCACAUAUGGUUCCUUUCUAAACUACAUUAGAAUAUAGUUUUUGUGUAUGACUUGGUGACCAAAAGAGAUUUAACACAUAAGCUUUUGUUCUUUUGUGACUGCAGAAUUGAUUUUAUUUU